CAGGCUGCCCACCAUUCCGCAAUGGCCCCCCUUGCUGCAGCAAAUGCAGAGUUUUGCAUCAACCUGUUCAGAGAGAUGGAAAACAAUCCAGGGAAUGGAAACGUGUUCUUCUCUUCUCUGAGCAUCUUCACUGCCCUGGCCCUGGUCCGUCUGGGCGCACGAGGUGACUGUGCUGCUCAGAUUGAUAAGAUGCUCCACUUCACCAGGGUCUCAGGAUGGGGAAACUCUUCGAACUCUCAGCCAGAACUUCAGUCUCAACUGAAAAGAGUUCUCUCCGACAUAAACACAUCCCAUAGAGAUUAUGAGCUCAGCAUUGCCAAUGGUCUUUUCGCAGAAAAAGUGUUUGACUUUCAUAAGAACUAUAUUGAGCAUGCUGAAAAGUUAUACAAGGCCAAAGUGGAACGAGUUGACUUUACAAAUGAUGUACAAGAUACCAGAUACAAAAUUAAUAAAUGGAUUGAAAAUGAGACACAUGGCAAAAUCAAGAACAUCUUUCAAGAUGAUAGCAUCAGCUCUUCUGCUGUCAUGGUGCUGGUGAACGCUGUGUACUUCAAGGGCAAGUGGGAGUCGGCCUUCUCUAAGAACGAAACCCUAAAUUGCCGUUUCAAAUCUCCCAAGUGUCCUGGGAAAGCGAUCACCAUGAUGCACCAAGAACGGAAGUUCAAUUUGUCUGUCAUUAGGGACCCACCCAUGCAGGUUGUUGAGCUCAAGUAUCAUGGCGGCAUAUGCAUGUACAUCAUGCUGCCUGAGAAUGACCUGUCCCAAAUUGAAAACCAGCUGACUUUUCGGAAUCUAAUGGAGUGGACCAAUCCAAGAAAAAUGAGCUCCCAGUAUGUCGAGGUGUUUCUUCCUCAGUUCAAGAUAGAGAAGAAUUAUGAAAUCAAGAACCAUUUAAGAGCCCUGGGGCUGAAGGACAUCUUUGAUGAAUCCAGAGCUGAUCUCUCUGGUAUAGCUUCAGGAGGUCGUCUGUAUUUGUCCAAAAUGGUGCACAAGUCAUACAUAGAGGUUACUGAGGAGGGCACAGAGGCGGCUGCUGCCACGGGGAACAACAUAGUAGAAAAGCAGCUCCCUGAGUCCAGGGUGUUCAGAGCCGAUCACCCGUUCCUCUUUGUCAUCAGGAAGGAUGACAUCAUCCUGUUUAGUGGCAAAGUCUCUUGCCCUUGAAAAUCCAACUGGUUUCUAUUACAGUAGUUCCCUGCAACAUCAGGGAACCACCACAAGAGAAUAGAUUUGAGUGUGAUCGAAGCACAUGGUGUUUUGCUUGCUUACUUCCUUCCAAUAGUGGUCGGGCAGGUGACUUGGGUGGCCUGACCCCUUGUAGACACCCGGUUGAUUGUCCUGAUCCCGCUUUAGCCAACCGUGUGCCUCACCCAUGUCUAAGUUCACUCUCUUUUUACCCCCACUCAUUCCGGCUGUUCUCUGCUGUAGCCCCUUGCACCCAGAGCUGGGCACCGUCUGGGAACUAUAGGGGGGUCUGUUGGCAGUGACGAUGCAGAAGCAGCCCUGGGGUGUUGUCUGAAAUGCUGUAGUUAUCCCGGUUAUUCUGGUUUCAUGGUUAAUGAGCGUGGAAGGAAGCCCAGCUGCUGAACCCGAGUGUGAAGGCUGACCUUUCCCUGCCGACCUAAGAAGACAUCAGAGCUGACUUUCACACAUCUGAUUUGAAAUCAGUAACUAAUGUAGAUGCUAAAAACUAUAGAUUUGGGAUAAGGGGACACCUAAAAUAUUUCAUGAGUAACUUUAUGUUCAUGUCUUUUGGUCUUUCCUUGAUACAGACUUUUUUUUU